GGCGUUGGAAUUUGUUGACAAUUUUCCAUAUUGUCAAUAUGAUUCCAUGGUAUAUAAUAAAGCAUUAUCUGCAGAAGCAUUCCAGAUUUUGUACAUCAACAGUCAUCCUCCUCCUGUUUACAUUCAUUUUCCACAGAUAUUUCUCACUGAUCCUCAUCAUUUGGUCCUUUAUACUUGGAUUAGCCGUAACUUACAGUUGCAUAAGUUCUGACACCAUAUUACCAAGUCUCCUGUUUUUCCACCAACGAAAGAAAAAACAGGAUGAUGAAGAUGAUGAAUUAACAUUAAUGAAAACUGUGUGUACUGUUUGUGGCCAGCGACGCUGCCCUAGACACAGACCAGAGCUGAAUAUUUUAGCCUUCCAACCCUGGACUUACUUGAAAGUCAGACAGAGAGUUGACGAGUCUGUGGAAGAGUUUGCAAAUAUUGUUUUGAAGGAAUUCCUUUACACUUGGUACAGGGACCUGAGUGCAGAUGAGGGAUUCCCUGAUGAACUGAAAACCAGCAUCCGAUUCUUAGCCUCUGUUCUACUCAGGAGACUGAAAAAGGUGGAUAUUCCAAAACUCGUCAGUGAAAAACUGAUAAAGGCAGCACUUCAACAGUUGUUUAAACUGCCAGGAAGUAUGGCCAGGAAGCAUGCUCCCCCUGGUGGUGACCUUCAGCAGUUAACCCUGGAGCAGCUAGGACCUAACAUGCACGUAGCCAUGUUGAGUCGUAAAUGUGAGCUGGAGUACCUCCGACGAUUGGUGGAAUCUCUGUUUCCCUACAUCCUCCCUCCCCAGGCGGUCAAAUCUAAAUGUACGUGUGCCCUGAUCAGAGAGAUUUUAGCGGGCUCCGUCCUCCUCCCAGCUCUGGAUGCUGUAGCUAACCCCGAUAUGGUGAACAACUUGAUACUGAUUUUCCUAGAUAAAACGCCUCCACCUGUUGCCACAGAGCCACCUUCUCCAUGUGUACCAUUCCUAGAAAAUUUUGCCAAACCUCUGACUAAAAAUAAAUCAGUAUACAGGUAUAAGGAUUUUAACACCCGUAUCCUGAGCCCUGAUCUGUCGCAGGGAGAACUAGUAGAGCUUCACAACGCGGCUAAGGACCUGUACCGGAGUUAUUGCGCCAAAGAUGCAGUGGACAGAAUUAAGUUUGAUGAGUCCAUUGUCAGUGAGCUGGCAGAGGGUAGGAUAUCAGAUAAAGCACUAAAAUCCACAAAGUAUUAUAGAGCCUAUGACCACACCUACGAUUUGCUGGAGAACACAUUUUUGCCUCUCUUUCAUCAAAGUGAUGAUUACUACACCAUGUUGUGUGGAAGCAGAGAACCAGCCCAGAUUAUGAGGGCCAUGCCAAAUGUAUUGCCCCCAUCCAGACCAGUUCUAUAUAACAAUAGACCAGUGGAAAGUAAAAGGUUUGGAUUUUCCAACAUUGGGACCAAGAUUAAAGGUGUAUUCAAAAGUGGAGAAAUGAGGUCCCUGCCAGAGGCUGGACUUGAUUUUGAAGAUGCUGACAAAGUGACAAUAAGUUCGUGUAAUUCCCUGGAUGACGAGAUCCCCGAUACUGUGUUAACGGAGUUACCGGACUUUACGGAGAUGACCAUUCCUGACCUCAGUACCUGGCGCGUCUCCAUCCCACGAAUCGGAGCGAGGCCGGACCCCGAUAACUUCAAGAAGCAGUUUUUUGUGUUCAUCAUUGAUGUCCGUAGGGUAGACCUAUCGGAUGAGAAUCUUGGAGAUCAAACUAAGAAAGCCAACUGGACAGUUGCUAGACGGUAUAAUGAGUUCUACGUUCUUGAAAACAAGCUAGCAGAGUUCCAUGAGGGCCUUCUCCAGGAAUGCAAACUUCCUCCAAAGAAAGUAAUUGGGACAAAUAAACAUGAAUUCAUUGAGAGCAAGCGAGAACAAUUCGAGGCUUAUCUGCAGAAAUUGUUAACCAAGCCUUACCUGACAGGGAGUCAGCUUCUCUAUAACUUCUUGACCUCAGAUCAUGAAUUCUCUACAGGGUUUUUAUCGGACAUUAAACUAGGCAAAAUGUUCAAGUCAGGAGCUAUGAAGCUAGUCAAAGAGAGAGGCCAGCAUUUAGACAUGUAUCUGAAUUCCUUUGAACAGUCCACAAUAGCUCCACCUCCUAAACCCAGUAAACCUGAGAGGCGAGGCUCUGAGACCUCCCUUAAGUCUACCUCCAGUGAGAAGUUGUGUGCUGGCUUGUAUGAGAACAACGCUAAUUACUCUAACGACAGCAUUUGUUCUAAUCUGUCUCGGAGCUCGGACGGACAAGAGUGGUAUCCCAUGGCAACCUCAGACAUGGAGGCCCAUAGAGGACAGGAAAUAGAGGGCCCCUUUGAUGUCAUUGUCUAUAUCUCACGUUAUGUGUAUGGAGUGCCUGAUUGGUUCCACCACCUGCUGAUGACAGGGAGAAUUCUAUUUAAAUCCACCUUAGAACACUACUUACAGCUAUUUAUAGAACAAAAAGUAGAACAGGUCACUCAGGAACACAGAGUUGUGUCCCUUGUUCAUUUACUCAGGGAUGUGUUGUUUUUUGACAAAGAUCCUCCUAGGACGGAUGAACAGAAGAGUGAGAGAUAUCACACUUGUCUUCAGGGAUGUCUGGAUUUCUUACCAAGUACUUUUGUCUCAGUAGUGGGCCGGAAGAACCAUGAACAGGGGACAAAACUCUUGUUAGAAGUUCUUCAGCAACCAAAACUUAACAAACAGUUAUCCUACGUGUUUUUGGACAUUCUAGUACAAGAGUUAUUCCCUGAGCUGAGAGGAUAGGCACCAUUGUUACUAUGGUUAUGACCUAAAUGUUGGGCAGCCAUUGUUACUAUGGUUAUCCUAGCACUUUUCAUAGUAUUAGUUGCUACUAGUUAUUGUUCUACAAAAGCUCACAUACACUUUUUCACACAGUUUAUGAUAUUUCAAUUUAAUUCCAUUCAUUUCGUUGCUGCCCAGUUCCCUUUAUAAUACAGGUAACAUUUCAAUAUUAAAAAUUAAGAUAUGGAAUUGAGAAAUUGGUAAACUACCGGUAUACACAGUUUAUUGUUUUAAUGAGUUGAAUUUGUUUUGAAAAUCAAAUAAAUCAAUAUUGUCUUCCUUUUUCCAUUUAAAAUGUCUGUAAAAAGCUUGUAAUAUAGUUUGAGACGACUGUUGAUGUUAAUAGCAAUGAUUUCAAAUGAAUUUUUUUUUAGUAACAGUUAUGAAAAACUGUUUUCAUUUAUGAAGAAAAUUUGGGUGCGUAAAGCAUAGACAUUACUUUGUAUUCUCAGCUAACAAUGUUAACAGAUGAACUAAAAUGGCCGUGUUUUUUGUACUCUGUAUAAUAUCAAAAGCUCUUGGCAGGUUCUCUGAAUCAUGUGACAAAUCUACAUCAACAUAGUUCUGAUCAUGUAAAAUUCAAGUCUUGAUUGAAAUAUUAUUUCCUAAGUAAAGUUAGGAUUUUACUGUUGUUAAGAUGAUAAUCAGGACUUCACUUUGUUGUCACCAUUUAAUUCUCAGCCUACAGCUUAUUUCUGUUAUAUGAAGUCAUUGUAUUAUUGAUAGUUGUAAUUAUUGUAUAAUGUUUCUCAGAAGCAUUUAAAUUGAUUAUGUAGGAAUUUGCACAUAGCUCCAAACUAGAAUAGUUUUAAUUUAUUGCAAACUGUGAUAUACAUUGAUGGUAACACAUUUUAUACACCCCCCCCCCCCCCAAUUCUUGUUUCAUUCUCUCACUAAGAUGUAGACAGUGAAAGAUGAGUCUGAGCUCGAUAACAAAUAGAAUUGAUAAGGUGAGCUCGUUAACAAACAGAAUUGAUGAGAUGAGCUUGUUAACAAAUAGAAUUGAUGAGGUGCAGUUUUUAAUGGAUAAAAUCAGGUUAUAUGCUCAUGAUUUUGAUGACAUAAUUUAUUGGUUCAGGGUUUACAGUCAUAGUUUCUUUACAUUUCUCUCAAAGUAUUAUUUAAAAAUAAGUGCGUGCAUGUAUAAUUUAUGCUUAAUAAUAAAAAAUUAUGUAUCACUAUUUUCAGUAGAAAGUACAAUAAUCAUAUAAUACCGUGUAAGUGAAAAUUUUAGCAAGAAACAAAUUUAGCAAUUUGUCCUUAACAACUGAUAUUUUUAUCAAAAUGGUAAUUUUAGCAAUUUUAAAAUGCUAUGUAAAAUGCUAUUACAAAAACAACAUAAUUAAUUUUGAGCGAUGUUCAAUUUUAGUGAUCUCGGCACCCUCACUAAUAACGUCAAAAUGAAAUCCUUGCUAAAAAUUCUGCUUAUACGGUAUCAUUGAUUUACUUCACGGAAGCAAAAUAGCAAAUUCAGUCUUGUAGAUAAAUACGAAACUGUAUCCAUAAGGAAUUCUGACUUUGAUAUUAAUUCAUACUUUUAGUACACUUGUGUCAUAAUAGAGAUUUAAUCACUCAGCGUUGUUAAACUUUAAGUAUUUAUUAAUUUAUUGCAUAUGAAAUGUUGACUUUUGUUGAGUUGCAUAAUCAAACUGUACAUGUGCAAUACUGUUGUCUGUGAUAAUAAAUAUUUGACACCUUA